AUGAGUGAAAGCAGUAUUCAAGAUAAUGUAUUAAAAAAAGAAUCAACAACAGCUAGGACCACGUUGUCUUCAAGCUGGACUCUUAGGUCAACACAAUCUAAAACUGUUACACCAAGAUCUUUGUCACCUAUUUCCACUGGUAAAGGGGAAUCGAUUUACCAUAAGUAUAUCGACCUCAUUAAUUCAAAAUCAAAUUUAAGUAUUAAAGAUAAAGAUGCUGAACCUCCGGAACGCCCGUUUGAUUUUUCUGAUGACGAAGAGUAUGCUUUUGGGGUCAACUUAUUGAACAACAAUGUGGCAUGUGUUGGAGAAAAUAUAUCAAAACUUGUUCAAAUGGCCCAAGAGCCAUGGCCGGACAAUGUAAAGCUCUUUCAGCCCUACGAGGUGGAACAGAUAUUGCUGCCGGAUAAUGCCAGUUGCCUUGCUGUGCAGGCAUUCUUAAAGAUGUGCAACCUCCCAUUCGAAGUGGAAAUGCGUUGGAACGCUGAAUUUAUGUCACCUUCGGGACGAGUCCCUUUUAUAAAAUGCGGCGCCUUUGUGGUUUCCGAGCUGGAGCCCAUCGUACAGUUUGCAGCCAACAAGGGCGUCACACUAUGCUCGAAGCUGUCCACAGAAGAGAAGGCUGAGAUGAGAGCAUAUAUGAGUCUUAUUACCAACGUGUUGGUUAAUGCUGAGCUCUACAUUUCCUGGGUGGAUAAUGACACGUUUAAUGCCGUAACAAAGGUGCGCAACUCUUCAGUUUAUCCAUGGCCAUUAGGCUGGCUGCAGACGAGAGCCAAGAGGAACCUGGUUAUCAAGAGACUAAAGGCGCUGCACUGGUACGACAAGAGUCUGGAACAAGUCUUGGCUGAUGUUGAGCAGUGCUGUAACUCACUAAGCCAACGUUUGGGAGAACGAGACUACUUUUUUGGCAACACUCCUACUGCCCUAGACGCACGCGUGUUCGGUCACAUACGCGCGCUCCUGUCUGCCCAAGGUCCGAAGGCUGCUUUGAUGAUUAAACCGAUCACCACCUCACUCCUGCGUCAUAUGCUCAGGAUGAUCAACAUCACAGAGAUGAAGAUGACGCCUCAAGAAGAAUAUCUGCUGUAUCAGGCUUUCCGCUUGCCGCGUGUGUCGUUCCAGAUAGACAGCCCUUCGGAACGUAACACCAAGACUAGGUCUCGUAUGAGCACCAAGAAUACCAGCAGGGAAACCUUCAAUUCCCGAGAAAUAUAUGGUUUUAAACCGUUUGCCUCUAAGCAAAUGGUGAUUAUGACUUCAAAAGAAGGAAUGAUAACUUGUAAACCGACCAAAAGUGACCAGGAAGGAUAUACGUGCGUGCUAGAAAUAUGCGAAGACAUUCUCGACAAGGUUGACGAAUACAUCACAAACGAGUUCUAUGAAAAAACUGAUUCGGAUACAGAAAAAAAUGAUUUUGAAGUAAUAGCUUAUCCUAAAGAAAAUACCAAUUCGAAAAUGAGCGAUUAUCUUGAUACGAUAGCUGAGAAUGACGUCAGUGAUACCAUGCAAUCGGGAGAUGAGGAUAUGUUACAGCUUAUACGCGAUGAUGAUUUGAAUGAGCUGGAGAUAGUCAAUGAAAAACAUAUGGAUUCGGUGUCCCAUUCUAAAGAUCGUGGUAGUGUUGAAUCUCGAACCACUAUAUCCAGCAAAUUACUGUCAAAAGAUUCGCCUUUAAAUCUGACAAUGUCUGGUGGUCGUACUUCUGACGACCAUGAGUCUGAGAAGUCCGACGUGGUUGCUCCCCCGGAAUCUUCAGAUUCAAAGGCAACGUUAAAAAUGCCACUCAAUGAAGAUAUCAGUGUUGAGAGCCUGUUAAGAUACCUUCGAAAGCAAAACGUGUCAUAUAACUAUGUUGCAGACCUCGAUUAG